UGACGACCCAAUUGACACCUCGCUACCCCUCACACCCAGCCCAGGCCUGACACCCUCUCUCGCUCGCCGCGGCUAUCGGGGAAAUUGUCGCUCACCGACUUCACGUGCGGGCCUGCGGAAACGAAACGGAAUCCUCCCUACCCUCAAGAGAGGGGAGGAAUGGAUGAAAGGGGGAGCAACCGGCGUUUUUUGGAUACUGGAUUACAGCUCAGUGCUCGGACUUGCUUUUCGAGGCGGAUCGGACCUUUUGGUUGUGUCGCCGGGGCUGUUUCGAGUGUGCUUUUGGAGAGGGGCUUUCUCAGUAAUUCUGAACUCACCCUCUCUCUCGUUCCCUCUUCCUGGACCAGGCUGGACGAAUGCACGAGAGAGGGAGAGAGAGAGAGAAAAGCGCGCGGACGAGCCCUCUCCGUUUUCGGGAGAGGAGGGGACGGAUCGUGUGCGGGAAUUUCGAAGUGAGAUUUUGGAGGUGAUCAUUUGUUGCAUUUCGCCUCCAGCCAAGAACAACCGGUGGCUUGUUUGGGAAUAUCCGAUUCAUCAGCUCAAUACGUUCACCCUCUCCUAUCCCUUGCUGUAACUCCACGCCCCAGAGGAUUUCGCCUGUGGAUGAAUUAGAAUUAAUACUGUUUGGCCGCACUGUGAGAGGACAGAGCGGGCCGCCUUUUCAUCAUUUCUCUGUAAGUGUGUGUCUGUGAUUAGGACACAAUUAAUUGGAUCAAUUUGGCUUCGAUUCUUCAACCUGACAGAGUUUGUGCCGAUGGAAACGGACUGGUAAAGAUAUGUGCGAUGGUUCCUGCUGUCGGCGCUGCUGAUCCCGAAGACUCUCCACGGACACGAUAAGAGCGUGGAUCGCCGAGAGAGGUGAGCCCUAAGCCAAUCAGCGUGAAGGUCAAGAUGUGAGCGGUCACGAGCUGUAAUGGCGGGACGGAAACUGCAGACGGCCGUGCUACAACUUUUUCUGUUGGUUGGGAUUCAGUUCCUCGCUGUGCAUGGGUAUGUGAGUAUCACGGAAGAACUUCGCAAUGUGGUGCUGGGGGAAGGAGAGCGAGCCAAGUUCGUCUGUAAAGUGGACGUGCACCACCUGGAUGAGAAGAGGCUCCAGGUCAUCUGGAAGGCCAACGGACAGUUCCUCAAACCAGAGGAGUCCGGCCGGAUGGUGUUCAAGAAUGAGGGAACCAGGUUUGCUCUGAUAGUUCGCAAUGUGAAAACAAAAGACACCGGCAUCUACACUUGUAUUGCCAAAGUGGGCCUGGAGACGGCCAUGUCUAGCGCACAUCUUCAGAUCAAAAGUAAGUCGAGGCUGAUAAGUUUUACUGUUUCAAAAAUUGACAGUUUUGUUUUUUAUUCCAUUGUUGGCUUCUUAUCUGCUCUACACAUAAAGUGCACAAAAACGUCACGUUUGUACAUUGCAUUCUCAUCACCAUACUUUCAAAUUGCAUGCAAAUCUUUUUUUCGUGGGUUUAUUUUCUUUUACUCUCUGUGUGUUCUUUUUUUCCUUGUCGGAAGUCUUUAUACUCGUAUGUGUAUCUUUUUGAUGAUUAGAAAAGUUUAGUUUUUUCUUUUAAAGAAUUAUAUACACCUUUCCUUCCUUCAGAAUAUCUGACAUUAAAUCUUCUUUAUUUUGAAUACAUUAUUUUCUCAUCUUUAUGUUAAAGGAGUUUUGAGAUCUUAAAGAAAUUCUUCCUAGUUUGGCGUCACUUUGAGACUCGAUCUAUUCUUUAAAUAAUCCAAUAAUGAACUCCUCAGAAAAAAAUUGAAGUACACAAAAGAGAGCAGAUCAAAAGGUUCAACUUUCCAUCUUUUUCAUUUGCAUAGAAACGAGUGACAGUCGCUAGGGUAAAAACUCUCUCUUGAUCCAAUAAGGACACGCCAGCGCUCCAGGGAGACUUAUAGAGAGAAGAAAAGAGCAAAGGUCCAUGAUUUCAUUUGGCAUGCUCUCCACAAGCAUUACACAUAAUAAACUGAAAUCAAUAACACUUCUGAUAUCAAUCUAGCGGGCAUGCGACGAAGGGGAAAACUGCAGACAUCCCAUUACCCGCACGGGAUAUCCACCAAAAACCCUACACUUUUGGCUUGACCGUUACUGCCAGCGAGCAUAACGGCCUUUUUGAACCGGAGCGUUAUAGAGUUUAUGUAAUUUGUGAAGAAUGCUCCUUUUUGUGAAGAAAGGCUCAUACGACACGGGAACAGGACUUUGUGACAAGAACGUGAAGGAUGUACAAGGUUGAUCAAACCUUCCGGGACGUCUUUGCUUUAAAAAUGGAGAGAUGCAAAUGAGAUUCUUAGGGGUGAGAAGUAGUUUGCAGAGAGACGGAACGUAGUCAGGAGAGGAAAGGGUGGAGGCACUACAGAAAACGAAUACGAAAAAACAGUAAAAAGAACUAACGAAAUAAAAACGAA